ACGGGGAGGCAGUCCAGUUAAACUAGUCAGUCGACCGAGCGAUGCGGGAAGCGACGGUUGAUCGUCGUCGAUUUCCAUUUCCAUCGACUCCGUUCGCAAGCUCAUAGAGAGCACUGCGAAGGUUAACUGAGAGAUGCGGAAGGGAUUGGUGAUCAUGCGUACGUAGGGAAGAGUAAUCUCGCGUCGGGUACGAUGCCGCGAAAAUCCUCGCUUCAAACAACCCUACGACAACGACCAACGCGUAUCUCGCACCCCUAUCAACACGUCGCGCCUUCAAUCGUGAGAAAAAAGAGAGAAUCUGCCAAUCGCGUCGACUAUUCUCAACCUAUCGGUACCCUCGGCGAAGGACACACUUUCUUUGCUGGAAGGGAUCUCCCAGCGCGGUUAGUUGGGAGAGAAGCGGAAAAAGAGAAAAGUUCCUGUGAGAGAUUGCUAUCCUCGCCUGCCAUAGUGAAGACGAACGAAGCAUCCCUCUCCAGAGACUAUCAGAGAUAAAUCGUUUCAGGACGUACGUACUCAGCACGAAGAAUUUAAAGAGCCAAUUUCGUCGAGCAGCGACUUGAUUGUGCAUUGAAAAUCGAAAAAUCGUAUAGAGGUCCAAUCGUUGGAAUCCACUUCGCAGUAAAUUAUUGAUUUUAUUAAAAAAAAAAAAAGAAAUGUUAAUUAUGAUUCAUUACGAGAUUAUUAAGAUUACGCGUGAGUGACAAGUGCACGUGAUAAAUUGACAAAUGUCCGCGAAUAAACACGGCGAACGAAAUAAUUAAGUCGUCAAAUCAAGAUUAAUGUAAGUGUAAAAAAACGAGAAAGAAUGAAGCUUAGGAAAUCAGUGUCGAACGAUCCUGUUAAUCGGCGCUUAAUGAGUGCCGCGUGAAUGUACGGAAAAGAGGACAACUACCGAGAUGAAACUGGGAGAUAAUAUGACUAUGGAAGCUUGUAACGUAUGGAGCGACGUGGGUAGUCCGCGAAAGUAUCGGCCACCACGAAUCGGCGACAUUCCGCGAGGUUCUGCGGUCGAUAGUUCUCCCUCAAAUUCACCUACUUCGAAGACGACAGGUGCUUCUGACACUGAACAAUUAUCGACGGAUGCGCCAGGCCCGUCGAAAGUACUAUCGAGUCCGGAGUAUAUCCAAGAAGUACGCAAAGACAGUGCAUUGUACCUUGAAGAGGGUGAGGGUACGCUAAAGACUGUGACACAGACUACUACUGAUGUUCUCCGAAGACAGAGCAGUGGCUAUGUGAGCCGUCGAGAUAGUUUGGAGGACAACAGAAGAAAUUCCACGAGUGACACGCAACAGCAAGAGAAGGAGAGAUACAAAUCGAAAUCAAUAACUCUUGGAGCCUUGAUUGAGGAUCUUGCUGGUAGAAAAGAGGAGAACAUUGAGGAGAACAUUGAAAAUAUUAAGCCAUCCACAGAGGCAGCGAAAGAGAGAAUGCCAACGACAGAGAUAUAUAGAAAGGUGUCGAGUUCCAACCUCGACAUGCCCGACGUUGAUGAGGCGAAAGAGGUCGUCAGAGAGAAAACUCUGCCCCGGCAAAAGAGUUUCGAGACCCAGGAGAUCACCGAAGGACUGACGACACGUCUCAGCGAUAUGCAAGUGACGUCUAUUUUCAAGAACCCCAAUAUUUACCUUCCGCGCAAUAGCGGCAAAAAUACACCAUCGGACGAGGCGGGCACAAUUCAGCAAGUUGACACAGUCAUCGAUCAUUCUGGCGGCAACUCGAAUUAUUUGAGAAAAUUAUCCUUGCCCGACGAAGCAGGACCGAGCCAGCGACUGUUCGAGAAAGCUGACGUCACCUACAAAUCCGUUCAUUCUCGCUACCCUCACGCCAGCCCUCAUAGAUCGCCCAGGAAACGUAUCAGAGCGCUCAACAGGGAAUGUUCCGUCGAUAGCCAGCAUGACAGCCAACAGCAAUUAAACCAAUACAAAGUGCUGAACGAAAUCGGAAAGGGCUCUUUCGGUGUCGUGAAGAAGGUUUUCAACGAAGAGGAUAGCACGUAUUACGCCAUGAAAAUAGUGAGCAAGAGGAAAUUAAUGAAAAAAACAGGGAUAUUUGGAAGAAUACCACCGCGCAGAGCAGGUGCUGAUCCCUUGGCGAAAGUUUAUAGGGAAAUCGCCAUUCUGAAGAAACUCGAUCACCCCAACGUCGUGAAACUAGUCGAGGUGUUGGAUCAUCCCGACAAAGAUAAUCUCUAUCUGGUCUUCGAACUAGUCCACAGGGGUGAAAUCCUCCUUAUACCUACCGAUAAACCUCUGAAUGAAGAAACGGCCAGGCGUUAUUUUCGCGAUGUUGUCUUGGGAGUCGAAUAUUUGCAUUACCAAAAGAUAGUGCAUCGUGACAUAAAGCCAAGCAAUCUAUUGGUGGAUAGAGACGACAGAAUUAAAAUCGCUGAUUUAGGUGUCAGCACGGAAUUAAGAGAAUCUGGAGAAUUAUUAACAGGACAAGCUGGUACACCGGCUUUCGCAGCGCCUGAAACAACCGUUGCUAACGCACAGUAUUUGGGACCGCCCUGCGAUAUAUGGUCGAUGGGGAUAACAUUAUACGCGCUCGUGAUCGGAGAUCUUCCUUGGCGCGCUUCCGAUAGUACAGCCAUUCAAGAGGUCGUUCGUUCGAAACCGCUCAUAUUCCCUGAUAAUCGCUUAUCUUCGGAAUUGCGAUAUUUAAUUGAAGGAAUGCUGGAUAAAUCGCCGGAAACCAGACUCACACUCCCGAAGGUAAAGCAGCAUCCAUGGCUGACAAAUAACGCAACCGAACCACUGCCGGCCGAGGUCGACAACUGCCGCUUACGAGUCACCGUCACCGAGGAGGAAGUCAUAAGACUCGGCACUCUGCUUCUCGUAAAAAAUAUGCUGAAACAGCAUAGCUUUCAGAAUCCAUUUCUGCCUAAGCGGCUCGGACGGACAGCGGACAACGACGCCGGCACAGAAUCGCCGGCGACAGGACCAAAAGUCGGCAUAUCAUCCUCGCCGCACAGUGAUACGAUGAGAGAUGCGAAAGCAGAACGUUUUCACGAAACCGGGAGAAGCAAUUCCGCGCCCGAUUCCUACGAUUGGCACACAAGCGGCAGACAAUUAUCGUUGGAAAAUCCCUUAUCACCUGUGACGGAAACCGAGAGGAGAUAGUGCCACUGUCGAUAGAAGUAACAUCCCGAUUGAAAAAACAGAUCAACAUCAAAUGGAAGAUAAAUUAGGAUUGAUCAUUGAUUGAGUAUAUCCAGUGAGCAACCGCGAUAUCAAAAGGCGAAAUCGUCGAACGAACCAACGAAAAUUUAAUCUUCCAGA